CUUCUUCUUCUUCUUCUUCUUCUUGCAUUUUCACUUCAUUCCCUCUGGAUUAGGGCCUUCUCGAUACAAUUUCUAAUCAACUUCUUUCUUAUUCUCAUUCUCAUUUCAAACUCUCUACAGGCUGUGCCUUUCAUCAACCAAUCUACUACCGUCAAACGAAUCUUCUAUCCUUCAUCCCGCCUCACCAGCAAAUAUUCGAUAAAGGCCAUUCAGUAAUCCUACAUCACAUCACAACAAGACAAAAACCUUCAAUCACCAAAAAAACCACUCCCGCCUCUCAACAUGUCCCGCGUCUACCUCACCCAGAACCGCACUCCCUCCGUCUCUCCCCCUCCUUCCUUCUCGAACUACCACCACCUUCCCAUCCGCCCCCCGGUCGUCCCCGAGAGGAGCACCCCUCCCACCUCGCACCCGGUCAUGGGCUACUCGGCGCCGACCUCUUACCCACGGCACCCAGUGAUCAUCAACGCCCCGCCGCCGACCAUCCGCUUCGACAGCUACGAGGACAUCCACCGACACUCGCGACACGCCUCAGACGCCGACAUGUACUACCGACACUCGUCGGGACACAGCCGCAGCUCCAGCAACGCCAGCCACCACAGCCGGUCCUCAUCGCUCGCGUCCUCUCAGCGCUCUCUGUCCCCGCCCUCCACUCGCUCCGCCUCGCCCUCCUCCUGCUCCUCGCGCUCCUCCUCCACAUCCGGCAAGUCCGUCCGCUUCGCCGACAAGAACGAGUACUCGACGGCGCCGGUCCCCGCGCCCGCCGUCAACCCCGACCGCUAUGUCGAGUACGUCUCCAGCCGCGGCGCGAGCUACCACGUCAGCGAGCACCGCGGUCGCCAGCGCGCCGGCUCCGUCCGCGAGCGCGAGCGCGAGUAUAAGGAUACCGACACCCUGGUCGUCGAGAAGGCAAGGCGCAGUGGCCGCGAGGGCCGCAUGCGCGCUUACACUGUCAAUGAUGAUUUGGAGGCCCGCAGGGAGAGGCAUUGGUAGAGUGAGGUUUAUGAUGCAGAUACGAUUAUGAUUGAUGUUGAUGUUGAUGCGAUUGUUACUGUUACUGUUACUGUUGGUGCCUGUUGUCGUUUGUUGCUGGUCAGCGGGUUUGCUUGCCUGCGAGCGUGCGUGCGUGCAUUCUGUCUUUCUGUCUUUCUGGGUUCGGUGUUGUCUGCUUCUACUUUUGCUUCUGCUUGCGUCCUGUUUUGUCCAGCGUUUUUCAUACAUUCGUUUUUGCAUAUUUCUUUUGUCACCCAUAGCAUCGUACCACUAGCAUAGCCGGAACAAUCAUUAAGCCCUGAUCUUUGA